AGAGUAUCACGGGGCGCGAAAGAACGACGAGAGCAACGCGAGCAACGUGAAAUUGAAAAUUGAGAAAAUAAUGCUCGUCGUGCUGAUCUAGAGGACACAACUUUGGGGACAUUAGGCAAUCUGCCUAGACAGCAAUUUAGGUCUUUCGGAUAUGCUUUCUAUUGAACCUGAGAGCAUUCCCGAAGAUGUCAGCCUUGGAAAACGUAAAUGUAUCCUCGCCGGAUUCGAGCAAAAACCAGUAUGACGAUUCCUUUGUGGAGUUUUCUCGAAGGGACAGCGAGAAUGAUUUUCCAUUCACGGAGCUGGAGAAAGACGCAUUAGGUCUCUAUGAUAGAUUAGGCGCAAUCAAGCUUGAGCAGCGUCUAUUGGAAGCAACGUAUUCGAAUUCAUCAGAUGUCAUGGAUGAGCCAGACGAUGGCAUUGAGGCGCAGCUGCAAGUUGCGCAGCGCGAGUUAUUGGACGCCAGGGCAAGCUAUAAUUUGAAGAAACAAAUAGCAGAGAGUAUCAUCAUCACAGACCCAACAUUGAAAGCGGUGCAUUCGGGUGCAAAUGGCACUCCUGCAGAGAGAGACUUGGCUCCUCUGAUUGAUCGAAGAGAUAUCCUUUCGAUCGCUCACUCCAACCUCUGUUCCUUGCUUUCGUCAACCCGAACCACUUUGACCAGAAGAGAAGCAGAGCAGAUUACUCUGACAACAACAAACCAAGAUCUUGCAAGCUCAAUUAUACGGCUGGCAGAUGAUGCGAAUACACAUGACAUUCUCACACAGAGGCAAGAGGCUAUCGUGCAAUUAGAUGAGCUCGAAAGAGAGUGUCGCGUUCAGAAAUCUAGAUGGCGGAUAAUGAAGAGCGUCGUCGCGGCUGCUGUUGUUGGAAGCGGUGUCGACUGGGCUGGAAACGAAUUACUUCAAGACUUGGUACUGGACGAUGAGGAGAACUUUUGACAUGAACAAUCUAUUCCUAUCAAUGUCCAAUUGAGUCGAAUCUUUACAUCCUUAUCGUCUUGAAAAAGAAAUGAAAGGGAAAAAAAAAUACUAAACAUAGAUUUCAACAACAUCUUCCCAGGAAG